CAUGGCAGCAUGGCAAGCAAGCAUAUGGUUCUACCUGAAACAGUUGAACCUGCAGUUGCUGCCACAAAUGAUGAGGCUGCGUCAGCCGUGAGGUCAGGCGGUCCCAAAAAUGACGCAGACAAGAAAAUGGAAGCAGGAAAGGGACAAACAGAGAAACAAGGAAGACAGAGCAGAAAGGAGGUGCAUGACAGUGAGACAGUGCCAAGAAAGAGGUUUCUGCUUGAAAGGGAGAUGAAGCAAAAAUUGGAAGAGGAAAACCAGAGCCUCAAAAAGGAGCUCACCGCAGAAAGGCAGCUUUGUAGGAAGCUACAAGAGGCGAUGCUCGAAAAGCAUGGUUGAAGAGGCCACCACAGCUCCACGUAAUAUAACCACUCCAGAAUCAUCAGUUUUGUUGCCUUCGAGAGAGGACAGCAAGACGUCAAAUGUUGAGAAACCACCACAGUCUGCAUGCUCCAGCGGAUCCGUCAGCGUGACCAUUGUGUCGACCGACUCAAACAACUUGCCAGAUCCAUACCCGGUCUCUUUGGACGGUGAUGCUCCUUCCAGUCCAGUAAAAAACUCUCUGGCAAAUAGUAAACCCAGGAGCCCCAGUGUUCACGGCUCCCUGACCCCAUGUGAUGCUCCCACUAGCCCAACAUGUGAAUCCAUGGCAGCAUGUCCAUCUAACGCAUCAAGUGCCUCCAGUGUUCAGGGCUGCACAACCACGAUGAACUUGAGCCUUGUCAACAAGACCUCGGGACGUUCCAACUCUAGGAACAGGAUAUCGCGACCAUUCCUGGGAAGAUCCCUCAUUCAACGUGCCCCCACACGCCCUGACUUGGUAUUGACUGGAGAUGAGGUGACUCUUGAGGAUUGCAUAAAUGUCAACAAGGAACAUUUUGAAUACCUGCUUGACACCCCUAAGGACUCUCUGUUCUGCCGCGACAUGGUGAGAGCUCUAUGGAGCGCAGAGCAGCUGGCAGAGAGAAGUCUAACAGGAGAAGCCUGCCGUCGGUUUCUAAAACAAGGCGCAGAGGGAAAGCGACGCCUCACCCCCAAAAAAUUGGAUGCCCUUGGAAAUGCCUACUGGGAGUACCUGAAAAGAAGAACGCCUUCAAGCGACUCAAAGGAGGAACGAUUUAAGAUGCUUCCUAGUUAUGUUCGUAACCUGCUGUCUGACAUCAACAGAAAAAAAUAAAAAAACGGCCUGGAGA